UUUUUCCAUAAUGAUCUUAUGGGAUUAGGGAUCAUUGUUGUUGGAAAUUGUAUAAUUCUUUGAAAAUUUGGCAUGCAGAAUUUCCAGUUAUCCUUUUUCCAAUGUACCACAGUGUGGAGGUUGUUCUCAUCAUAUAAGUCAGAGUGUCUCUGAAUGGCAAAGAGAAAAGGCGGUGUAUUUUUAUAUCAUUUUUAUGAUAUAUCUUUUUAGAAGUAUAGUGCAUAUGUGACAGAGUUCUGGGGUUAAAUUAUUGAUAUCAAAGGUUAGGUGUGUACACAGGAGUAAGAUCUUAGAGAAAACUGACAGCCUGUUAAGUGAUUAGCCGGGAUCUUUUGAGACUGUUUCGUUUAUAGUGCGUCAGAUGUAUUUGAUUUGUUUGUGUGUAUAUUUUCCCUCUAUGAAGAUUCUGCUUGGUGGUGACAUUAUCAUAGUGGCGUAUACAAUACUUGAUAGAUGUCUAUGCUUUUUGACAUCAAAGAUGUGUCUAUUCUUAAGUAGAUUGGGUUUUCCAGGUGGUGGGUAAUUUGUUAUAUGCGGUGCAGGAAGCAUCAUUUUGAAGGUGCUUUAAAGGCAGGGAAGGAAGUUGAGGCUGUUGCGAUAAUUUCUCUCUGGGAGACAUGGAUCAGACCGCAUCAUUGUGCCUUGCUGCUGUUGUUGUUGGUUUCUUUUUGCAGCAACUCUGCAAUCUGUAUGCCUUUAUCUGAACAAGUCGCUGAAUGUGUUACAAUGAACACAGGACUCUCAACAGAUGUAGUGGACCACAGAAACGGCGACUAUACCAAUAUUAAAGAUGCAGAGAACCCUCAAUUGGGAAUGUUUGAUAAGCCCCUUCCUUGCUUUGGCUGCGGAAUUGGAUGGUUUUCUCUUUUGCUAGGAUUUGCAUGCCCGCUGCUGUGGUACUAUGCUUCAAUUCUUUACUUUAGAAAGUACUAUCAUAAGGAUCCAAGGGAGCGGGAUGGACUUGCUGCCAAUACAGUUGCUGCUAUGCUAUGUACAAUUGCUGUGAUAAUAACAGGAGCUGUUAUUCUCUUAUAGUCCUUUUUCACUACAAUUAUGCUCAAGUACCCAUCAUCAUCCUCACCUUCCUUGAGGAAAAGCCUGAGCUGAUGGUUUACAACUCUCAACUGGUCAAAGCUUCCUUGCAGUUCUUAAAGGUGCCAGAAGAAGGCAACUGUUUUAACUGAAGGUUCAGCUAUGUGAAUACCUAAAAGCAGUUUCUGGGUUUCCCUUUAGCGUUGUGCAUAAUACGAGCCUUGUAUAGUAAGAGACCACAACUGCCAUGAAUUCUCUACAUUUCUAUUUAAAUUAGCUAAUCAUAAGCAUUUUAUUUUAUUUUUUCUGUUCAUCAUGACUUUUCAAAUGCACUCUACAUUCAAUUAUUUAUAAUUAUUUUUUGUAGAUUUUGUAUG